CUGAUGAAGUCUUGUGAAUUGAUGCAAUAUCAGGUCAUGGAGGGGAGCAAGGACAUUCAAGAGUCAGCCACUGAACCUGUUGUUAAAGUACCCAGAGAGCCUGCCAUCAUUACCAAUGGUGUACCAUACUUGCCUCCUGAAUUCUCAUCUGGUUCACAACUUGCAGUAAGAGAUGCUUCGCGAUCUCGAGUCAACCAUCGCUUUGGGGAAUGGCUAGAAGAGCGGAAAGCGAGAAAUCUGUUUGGAGACACGUACUAUGUAGGGAAAGUUGUCAAGUAUGGCAGUGAAAGAAAUUGGUGCAGUGUUGUCUAUCAAGAUGGAGACCAGGAAGAUCUUGAGUGGCACGAACUGGAGGACAUCCUACUGCCAUUGGACAUAACCAUUCCACUCGAAACACUUGUGAUGGAGAAGUUCAAACUUCAGAAUGUUGUUCCCGACUACAAAACUAAGGUGGCUAGACCUAGAACUAAUGUUGCCAGCACUCAGAUGGUGGUUUGAGCAGUAAAUGGCUAAUAGUCAAACAACCUACCACUCCCAUCGUUUCUUCAGGUGUCAGCAUCAGCAGGAGGCUUUCCACCAGCAACCUUCUCUGACUACCCACCCACACACAGAGCAGCACAGCCUCCAGCUCCAGCCCAUAGAGGCACGAGUUAA